AUGGCAGACGACGAGGGCGCAUCUCCCCGCGAACUGGUCGUGGAGGCAUGCCGCCGAGACCAGCCACACCUAAUCGAGCAAGUCCUGAAUGGCAUGAGCGAGAAGACCAACGAGGAAGUGGCACAGUUUUUCAACGAGGUGGCAGAUGCAUUGGGGAACCAUGCGCUGCACAUCUGCGCCUUGUACGGCAGCUACGACGUCAUGGAUGCCCUGUUCGACAUCCAGUACUUCGAAUGCGACCCGCUCACCCGCAUGGACAAGGACACCCCACUACACAUCGCCGUGCGCUACGCCAACGACAAGGACGCCGAGCUGGGCCUGGAGAUGGUCAAGAUGAUGUGUGAGGCCGGGUGUGACCCGCGAGUACGAAACAAGCAUGGCCAGAAGCCGGCGGAUCUCGUUUUCAAUAACAUCGAGAUCAAGUCGACACUCCAACAGACCGAGUAUAUUCUGGCCGAGGGUAUUCGGGAUGAUGCCGAGGGAGGCUCGAUACAUGACAGUGCCAGCGAUAGCGAGUGA